GGCCAAGUUAUGGUGACGUGUGUGAUGCAAAUUUCCCUGACAGUUGCUGGCAUAACAGUGAUUUAGCAUGUAUCGACACAGGAAAUACUGGGAACUCAUUAUGCCAGUGUAAAAACGAAACUUCAACCUAUUGGGAUAGCACGUUAUUACAAUGUAGAUCAAGGCCAACAUAUGGAGGUGCUUGUGACAAAGAUAUUUCCGGAAACUGUGAGCACAAUGACCAACUCCGAUGUAUUGCUGCUGGAUCUACGAUGAACUACACGUGUCAGUGUGCCGAUGAAACGAAAACUUUCUGGGAUCCCAACCUUUCAAUCUGUAAUAAUCGACCUGAAUAUGGAAAUGCAUGUCAAGAGGAACUUUCGGACAGUUGUAUGCAUGAAUCUGACCUGGUUUGCCUACCUUCGACUGAGUCUGGGGACUUUAUCUGUCAGUGUGGAAACGAAACUCUCACGUUUUGGAAUCCUGAUCAAAACGCCUGUAACAAACGCCCAGAUUAUGGUCAUUCGUGCAAGUCAGGUCUUAAGGAAAGCUGUUUACACAACUCUCAGCUGAAGUGUAUAACGCCUCCAGGAUCUUCACUUCCUAAAUGUCAAUGUGAAAAUGAGAAAGAAACUUACUGGGAUUUUCAGAGUAGUACCUGCAAAACACGACCGGUUUAUGGUGACGAAUGCGAUUCCAAACAAGUGGACAGUUGUCGACACAACUCCCAGCUUAAGUGUGUCAAAUCUACAACAUCCGGGCUCUAUCUUUGUCAAUGUGCAGAUGAAACAUCAACAUUUUGGGAGAAUACGACAGACACGUGUCAAAAACGACCUGCUUAUGGGGCAUCAUGCAAUGAACUGAUACCAGAUAGUUGUGUGCAUGGGUCGGAGCUUGUGUGUGGCGUAACAAGUACUGGUGACUACAAAUGUCAAUGUAAAGACGAAACAUCAACCUUUUGGCAAACGGAUACAGUGAAAUGCACAAAAC